AUGGAUGAAGUCGGGGUCUUCGACCACUGCGUCGGCACAGGGCGGUUGGAGGGCUGGUUCUGCACUUCAUCCUACGACAACGAGAAGAAAGGAUGGGGGCAUUUGGAGUCCGACAGUUUCGAGGGCCACCUCUUCUUCCACCUGCAGCGCAGCCCUUCGCUGCGAGGAGUUCGGUACUUCAGGAGGGACCCUGUGGCCUUCGAGGUGGUGGAGUUCAACGGCCGCUGCGAGGCUGUGAAGCUCCUCCUGCCGAGCAGAGAGCAGAAGGAGGUCGGGAAGGAGCCAAGAGAGGUCUUGGGCCAGACCGUGGAGGGGCGACUGAGCUGCAGCUGGCAGCUGGUCAAGGCCCAGAACUGGGGUUUCGUAGUGUCGGAUUUCUUCAAGGGCACCGUCUUCUGGCACGUCGUCGACAAUCCCGAGAUGGUGGACCUGGAGUUCUCUCAGGAUGAUGUUGUGGAGUUUGAGCUCUACAUCAACACCACCAGAGGAGACCAGGUCAGAGCAAGGAAGAUGAAGUUCUUGCGCGCGGCCGUCAAGGACCCGGUAGCAGAGAAGGCAGAAGAGAGCAGCCAGAGGCGAAUGGAAAAGAAGCACCGCUGGCUCGUGAACUGGCGCAACGGGCCUCCACCGGACUGGAUUUGCAAAGGCUGCAGCUACCCGAACUUCGGCAGGAACAAGACCUGCAAAGUUUGUGGCCAUCCACGGCCUCCCCGUGAAGAAUGGCCUCCAGAAGAGCUGCGAGAGGCCCCGCAGGCCCUGACGGCCCUGACGGCGCCAGGCCUUGGCGCAGGCCGCGAGGCCCAUGGUGAAGGCUUUCCACUGAACGAGCCCUGUCGGCAUGGCCUGCAGGGUUUGCAGGCUGCCUGGCCACCUGUGCAGCCUGUGAUUUCCACUCCGCAGCCGUGCCUUCAAUCACCGGGCUCCCACCCUCCGCAGAGUGGGCCGUCGAGCACCGUGGCGCCGGAGGCCUCCCAAGCGGCGCCUCGAACGGCCCAAGGACCCGCGCCCGCGUGCUUCGCGGAGUUCAACCGGAUCUUGGGGAAGGCCAAGGCUGGCGAGGAAGAGAUGCUGGCGAACGUAAAGGCUUACCUGGACGGAGUGGCCAAGAGUCUGGGAGACGGUAAAGCCAAGCAGGCCUUUGCUGUGCAGCUGGCCAGGCAUCCAUGGUUUCAGACGGGCUACGAGCUCCGCUUCCGACCCGGCGCCGGGAGCUUCGACGUCGCGCUGACGCCAGCUGCCCGGGCGUUGAAGCGCAAAGCCGCAGCGCUGGGGUAG